AAAUUCCCCGAGAUGCACUGAGGAGGACGCGGCUCAGACAACAUGCGCUGUUUCGAAGGCUUCUUGAGGACAUCUGAUCUCUCAAAGCAUCACCUGAUUGGUUUAAUGUCCAACCUGAGAUCAGACUUUAUUUUUAUCUUGAGUGUGUUUUCAGUGUUCUGUGGUGUUUUUCCCCUUCAGCUCUCUUUAAUCAUGAUAAUGUGAAUAUUCAUGUCACUGUUUUCAUUCCUUAUUUGCAAUAAUAUUCAGUGUGCUCUUUAUCUGCAGUUUUACUGUCAUGAAUCACAUCCUGUUUCACUUUUCAGUAUUCUUGCUUUUUUAAUUUUAUAUUAAGGAGAUGCUCUAUAUUUUUAAUGCCAAAAUUAAACGAUAUGUAAACUGUAUUUUUGCAUGACUGUAAAUUAUUCUGUAUAAACUGUAGUCCUGAUGUAGAAAUAAAUCGGCUGCGUGGUUUGAUUUGUGUAUUUUGUGUAAAGAGUCAGGACUGACUCGGUUAAUUACGCAGUGAUGUUCAUUCCUGCAGCACUGUGUCUCUUUUAAAUGCUAGUCACUGGAUAAAUCUUCUCCUCCUGACUCCUGAGUGGACUUCACCGUUCAUCUUCAGUAAGCAACUUGUCCUGCUCAGGGUGGCGGAGGGUCUGGAAUAUAUCCCGGGAAUGUAGCAGCGUGUCUGUGAGAGGAGACCAGAGAACCUGGAGGAACCUCACAUGAACAGUGGAGAACGUGUGAAACUCCACACUGACAGUAACCCGAGCUCUCAGCAAACCUGACAUGGGCGGAGUCUGAUCAGCUCUGACUCGUUGGUCACGGGUUACUCUACCCAUCUGUCUGCACAAAGUAUUGGCACCCCUCUGCACACAUCCAUCAGUGUAAAAGGAGCAGUGGUGAGCAGAUAGGACCUGAGUGGUGUUUAUUCUCAGUGCUGACAAUGGGGUGUGUGUGUGUGUGUGAUUAAUUCAUGAGUGAGAGAAAGUGAUCAGCUCUCCUGCCUCAUGUUACACUGACUCAGUUCCUUGCUUUUCUCACUAAUGUGAAGUGACAUGGCUGGAAAAGACUGCGUAAAAGUGGCUGUGCGAGUCCGACCCUUCAACAAGAGGGAGCGUGACGCUGGGAGUCGCUGUAUUGUCGCUAUGAGCAGUAACAGUGUGAGUAUCGAGGAGCCUCGCAGUCAGCAUCGCCGCACCUUCACCUUCCACUUCACCUUCUGGUCUCACAGCGGCUUCAGCAAGAACACUGACGGACUGCUAGUGCCUGAGGAGGAGGGGGGACGCUACGCUGACCAGGCGUGUGUGUUUGCCGGAGUGGGGCAGGGGAUUCUGGGUAACGCUCUGCAGGGCUACAACGCCACGCUGCUGGCGUACGGUCAGACGGGUUCGGGGAAAAGUUACUCCAUGAUGGGCUUCGGAGCCAACAAGGGCCUCGUCCCAAAUCUGUGUCACUCACUUUUCACCUACAUCACAGCCAGUCAGGACCGAUGCCAGUGCCAGGUUUUCUUCAGCAUGUUAGAAAUCUAUAAUGAACAGGUGAUCGAUCUGCUGUCCAGGUCGAGUCGUUCGGGCGGUGGUCUGCGUGUGCGUGAGGAUCAGCAGCGUGGUUUUUACGUGGAGGGUCUGCGCAGGGUGGCGUGUGACGGCGCUGUGCAGGUGGAGCAGCUGAUGGAGCAGGGAACUCGCACACGCACCACCGCCGCCACUCACCUGAACGCCAACAGCAGCCGCUCACACAUGCUCAUCAUCAUACAGCUCAAACAGAUUUUCUCAAAGGAGUGCAUCACUAAACAGUCCAACAUUAACCUGGUUGACCUGGCAGGAAGUGAAAGGCAAAGGUCAUCAGGGUCAGAGGUCGAUCGUCUUAAAGAGGGAACAGCCAUUAAUCUCAGUCUCACCACUCUGGGGAACGUGAUCAGUGCCCUGGCAGAAGUGGCGCUGGGGAAGAAAGCGGUGUAUAUCCCCUACAGAGACUCCGUCCUCACUAAACUGCUGCAGUCUGCGCUGGGAGGAAACAGCCGCACCGUCAUGAUCGCGACUCUCAGUCCAGCGGAUAUCUGCUACGAGGAGUCACUGUCCACUCUGCGCUACGCCGAGCGAGCCAAGCGGAUCCAGAACAAGGCUGUGGUGAACGAGGGCCCAACGGAGCGACUGGUUAAAGAACUGAAAGCUGAGAAUGCUAAACUGUUGCUGAAGCUCAGUAAACUGGACCAGAACGGGAGACGGUCCGAGCAGGAGAUGAAAGAUCUGCGGCGUUUGCUGACUCACAAUGAGCUACAGAUCCGAGCGAUUCAGACUCUGUGGGAGCAGCACCUUCAGGAGGCUCUGAAAGACUGGGAGACCCAGUACACCACCAUCACACAGGAGCGAAGGAUGAUGCAGAUGUUUCCCUACAUGCUGAACAUUAAUGAAGAUGCGCAGCUCUCUGGAGUCAUCAAGCUCUUCAUUCAGGAGGGUGAGUGGGAUGUGGGUUUAGCAGACGCGUCACCCAGAUCCAUCUCCAUCAGAGGACUGGGUAUUCAGGAGCGACAUGCCAUCUUCUCCAAUCAGCAGCGUCGAGUGACAGUCACGCCAUUGUCGGGGUCAAAGGUCACAGUUAAUGGCGUGUCCAUAUCUCAGACCACAGAGCUGCAGCAUUUGGACCGUGUGAUCCUGGGCUCCAACAGCACCUUCCUGUUCAUCGGUUUUCCGUCGGAGCGGGUCGGAGACGAUUGGAGUCGUUAUGAUUAUGAUUAUUUUCAGUCUGAACUGGCGGCGGCGGAGGGAGUUCACCUGCACACGCUGUGUCACACACCUGGACAGAGGUCCCUGCAGCCCAACCCCAGCCUCCUAGCUGCCUUUUACGACUACAUCAAACUGAUGCCGAUGCUGACGGAGGCGAACCAGAUGAGUCAGGAACUGAACAAGGGGGUGGAGUUUAAGAUGGAGAUUAAGAACCUGGCGAUGUCCGACUCUAAAGGUCACGACCUGGAGAAGGAGAUUGUGGUCAGAGUGACGAACGUGCAGAGCAAACAGGUGUGGCUGUGGUCCAAAGCGAAGUUCAUUAACCGUAAGUUCCUGAUGGAGGAGGUGUACCAGCGGGGGGCGUCGCUGCCCGCCCUGCCCCAGGAUAAAGACCCCUUCUGGGACCCGGUGGAGCCUCUACACCUGGGCAGUGCUCACCUGUGGCUGCACUCGCUGGCCUUCCGCAUUCCCGUGGAUGAGCAGGUGGAGGUGAUGGGACCUGAGGGCACUGAGGAGGCCAUGCUGCACGCACGCCUGGUGCCCUGCAGCCCCGAGGGAUUGCCCCUGGGAGAGGAGGAUAUCCUGAUUGACCCCACAGAGCUGCUUGGAAAGCGGCUGGAUUUCCAGCUGAUCCUGGAUCAGUGCUGCGGACUGCGCUGGGUCAAAGAGGCCCGAACCCGCGGCGUCCAGAUCGGGUUCCAGAUGUUUGACUGCACAGAGCCGCUGUACACUCAGGCGGCGUGGCGGUGUGUGAACCCACAGCUGGAUUACUGCGUUCAGUUCACAGCCCUGAACACGUCACACACACUGCUCACCUACCUGCAGAGUAACGCUGUGGUCCUGCAGCUGUGGGGUCUACAGGAGGGAUGUUCUGCCAUGACGUCACGUCUGCACAGUGUGAGGAAAACUCCAGAAAACAGCAUCUUCAUCGACACAGCCGAGGACUCGGAGCACACGAGUGUGGAUAGCUCAGUGUCGGAUCCGAGUGUGUGUCUGCGAGUUCUACAUGAGGAUCUGGAGCAGCUGAAGAACACCAACGCAGCACUGAGGAAAGAGAAUGACACACUGAGAGAACAGCUCAACACACACACACGACACGGUGUGGAGUGCGCUCGAGGCCGCUCAGGAAGUCUGAAGUCCAGCUGUGAUGCUGAAUUCGCUCGAGCGCUGAAGGUGUUUUAUCACAGCAUGACGUCGGUUAGAGCUCAGCUGCAGCGACUGCGCAGACACAGACCCAGUGAGGAGGCGGACCUGCAGGGUCUGAGAUUCUUCGUGGAUGAACACACACACCUGCUGAAAGAGUUCAGUGAGCAGCUGGAGCAGUGUGUGUGUGCGCUGAAGCAGGACGUGGCAGCCAUCGUUCGCAGGAAGAGAGAGAAAUCAGCGAUCUGGUCGUAACGAGCACACACACACUCGACAGGUGAGUUCACAUUCACUGCGUAUCACACACACCUGCUCACCGUGUUCCUCACCUGAGCCUCGCUAUUCAGCUGUUCAUUCACCAACACAGAGAGACAGGAGUGUAGGACACUAGGUGGGAAGAAUGAUCCAGGGGCGGAGCCAAGGCAAGCAUGGACCAAUCAGUGUCUCUGAUUAGCUGUGUGAGAAUCCCUACAGCUCUCAGCCAAUCAGAACACACUUUACUUAAUCUCUAUACACACUGGACUGCUAAAUAAUAAACCUGCAACUCCACGUGUAAAUGUGCGCUCAAUACAAGACAGAAAAGUUAAAAUAAUAUUUUAGACGGAAAAGUGAUUAAAUCAGGUUUUUAUUAACCGCUUUACAGUCUGAACUUUUUAAUCCAUUAGUGCAAAAGUUACAAGGGGAAGAACACACAACACACACACACUAACAUUUAAAUUCCCCACAGUCCAAACAGGAAAAGUGUGAGAGAGAACUGCUCAGAAGAAAAGCUAACACACACACACACACACACAGGUCAACAAAUGCUAAGUGUGUAGGCUAAAUCAGGCUAAAUAUUGCUCACGUACACUGCGUUUGUGUUUGUUAGGUUGCACAUCACCUCCUCUUUAGUGUGAGAGUAAUGGACUACAUCAGAAGGUGUUGCAUUAUACUAAUUUCAGAAUGAAGUAAAUGACUUUCACCCUGUGUGUAAGCGUUAAUGCUAAGUGCUAAUCAGAGCGAGUAGCGUACGACAGGAAGUGCUGAAACCGUGCUGCGCGAUACUCCGCUCCGCUCACAGCACUGAGAAACGAAUGCCGUGUUUAUCCAGCCGCUCGAUCAGGGAGGUUUUAG